AUGGCUGAUAUCUGGGAAAUUUCGGAAAUCCUGGCCAACCCAAAGGUCAUCCAAGCUAACCCAAAGGUCAUCACAACUGUAACUUUUGAAUUGGAAUUUUGGAUGAGACGCAAGGCUCGCCAACAGCUUCUUGAACUUGCCCAUGACGCCAUCAACGGCCUUGAAAUCCAGCUUGAGCAAAACAGACGCUUGACCUCCAUUGCUAGUCGCAUCAGGGGCCAAGGAACCGAGUGGGAAUACGAACUCGAACACAGAAGGCAGUUGAGACUUAUCCUGGAGAUAAAUCGUGAGUUGGAAGAAAGAUGCCUCUUUACCGCCUUGUUUCCUCGGUCGCGCUUCGACGACGAAUUUGCGUCCCGGUUCAAUGAUCUUAUGCGCCUUCGCAAUGUCGAGAUAAGGCCCGACAUCAUGGACAAUGCGAAGUUCAUUAAUAAUUCUAGCGAGCUUCCCGCGGUGCCCAACGACGAAGCCUCCAGUUUGACCGACCAACGCAACAGCCAGCUGCAAGGUCCUCAGCAAGCCGACGUGCCAUCGCUGACGGCUUCAUACCACACUAUGAAGGAUGACGAAAUCAAGUGUGAGGCUCUCCGCGCCAUGCAGGCCCUCGAGACGCUAUUUUGCAUGGCCAAGGCAGAAGUUAUUCGCUCGUUGUUUUACCUCCGAAACAAGGAGAUGGAGGAAGGCCCUAAGAUUCUCCAUGCGAUCAUCGUUGACCUCUUCGAUUAUGGUCAUGAUAUGUGGCUCUUGCGUCGUUACGUGGACAGACUUCAGCACCUGAAGCCACGCAUGACUGACAGAGUGCUCCGCCAGCGAGUAAUCACCGAGUUCGAGGCCGGCAAAUUCGAUCGCACCACUGCAAGGUUCGCUAACCGUCUCAAGUAUCAACUCUCGAGUCUUGAGCGGAUUGCUGACUAUGUGUGUUCUUGCGGUGUCAGCCCACGCGACAGUCCAAGGCCGAGUCAAGAGGAUAUCCAGGAGUGA